AGUGGAUGAAAUCAGUAGCGGCAGCGCUGAAUCAUGGCAAUUCGACUUUGCACGAUUAAAGUUGCUAACGAGAACAUUUCUACUGCAAAUAAGCUUGGAGAAGGUGGAUUUGGUGCUGUUUACAAGGGUAGAUUUCCAAAUGGACAAGAAAUAGCUGGGAAAAUGUUAUCUAGGGAAUCCGGACAAGAAAAACAAGAACUUAAGAAUGAAGUCCUAUUAGUGGCUAUGCUUCUUCAGCACCGAAAUCUGGUAAUUAAAGCUCUCAGGAUUUUGCUUGGAAGGAAGUGAGAGGCUUUUAGUCUAUGAUUUUGUGCCUAAUGCAAGCAUUGAUCACUUCAUAUUUGGUAUGGUUACAUUUAUUUGCUUAAUAAAAUAACAUGCUUGUGUGAAUAUGUAGAUCGAAUCAAGCGUGCCCAAUUGAGUUGGGAUAUGCGCUACAAAAUUAUAGAGGGAAUUGCUCAAGGACUUCUUUACCUUCAUGAAGAUUCUCAACUUCGUAUUAUUCUUUGGGAUGUCAAAGCUAGCAAUAUUCUGUUAUAUGCAAAUAUGAAUCCUAAGAUUUCAGAUUUUGGCACAGCAAGAUUGUUAAAUCAAACUCAAGGCAAUAGGAGGAAAAUUAUUGGGACCUAUUAAGUAUAUUA